AAUUCCUCUCCUGGAAGCUUCUUUUCGCGGGACAACAGCGGCAAGAACAUCAACGAUGAAAACGAAAGCGAUCUUGCAAGUCGUAGUUCCAACAGGGAAUCAGAACGGUCUUUUCGCCUGAGCAACAACUCCUGGGGCUCCUCGCCGACUUCGGUGAGGAGCGCGGUGAUAGAUGCAGGGGAGGAUGGUGGAGCUGCUGAAGACAACGAAGCGGAAGCAGUUGCCAGUUCUCCAACACAAGUUGUGAAUCAACAACCGUUCCAAGGCUUGUUCUACCCGGAGAACAAAUCGGAAGCCGAUUUUCUGUGCGAAAAUGCACUGCCAAAAGCACCUUCAUCUCUCACAGCUGCAGCGGCGGCACGUCAGCAGGUCGAACAACAGAACGACAGUGUUGAGAAAGAAAACCACGAGGACUUCCUCCUGUGCGCCCAAUGUCUCGUCGAUUCCAAAACCCCUGGGCCUCAUGGUCUCGCCGGCUGGUCGCAGAGUUGUGAUGAAGAGUUUAGUACAGCGGG